AAUUCCGUCCAAACCUUGCCUCUCACUUUCAUAGCCUCGACACGGUUCUCACAGCAAACCGUGACGCUCGAGAUCACCCCAAGGCAACACGAUCCCAGCCCUCGAUCUCCAGUUCUAGAAUGUCUCUCAAUCCCAUUCCAGUCACUGAAGUGCCUCUUAAGCGCAAAGUCACCAAGAGCCGACAAAUCCAUAGAGGCGACAGCGAUAGCAGCACCUACACCACAGCGAGCGAGAACAGCAGAGACAUGGCCACACAAACCACCGAGCCGAUGCCAUCACCAAGGCUGAGCACAACUCACAACCCCGCCCGUAUGUCGGGCGGCGCUGGCAGCGACAAGAGUGUAUCGUUCGUACCAACUCCUCCAGCAUCGCCGGACGAGAAAUCUCGCGCUGAAGCAGAGCUCGUGCGAGACAAGAAAGACAAGUCCGAAAAAGCCAAGAGGCCUUCGUUCAAGAGGAACUUGUCCUCACUCUGGAAGGUCCUCGAUCCACCCGAAUUGGCGCACAACACCGGUGCCCUCCACAACCUAGUCAAAGCACAAGACGAGAACCACAAGAGGAACUACAGUGCUGAUAGCACGACGCUGGUGGAGACUAUCGCUCACACCCGACAGCUUAAGCAGCGCUGAGCAUGAAGACCGUCGUUUUGAGUCUUGUGGGGGAUUCACAUGAGUUGUUUUUUGCGUCUGGAGCGAGUCGGGUUUAUCGAUAAUGUCAGCAUGAGUCCACGCAUUGUUUCUUCUUGUACGUUUCAAAAGCUCGAGCAGGUUCAGCUUUCAUCUUACGGCAGCAUGGAGACUAUUUGGCAUUAUUAGCAACUUUAAUUACAACGAUCAUCGAGCGC